ACUCUGGCUCCUCCCCCCUUACAGUAUUCACCUGGUUGCCCCUGACUACCAAGCCUCAGUCUCUCUCAUGGUGACCACACGCCCAACCUUCUCCAGGUCUGUCUUUCCGUAACCGUGGUGACCUGACGGCGAGAGAGCAAGACCAUAAGAUCCAUCUGGUUCACUCCUUCAGAUGGGAGCAGAGCCAUUUUACACACUGGGUGAUGGUGGUCGUGGUGCCGGUGGUUAAAGGCGGGUACAGUACGCUGGGAAUGCUGUGUUAAGGACUUCAGGAGUGUUGCUGGGAUACAACAUCAUGCCGGUCCACCAGAUUGUUGUGGCUCCAGUCCGGGACCCAAAGAGCAGUCCUCGCUCCAAGGACAAGCUUGAGGGAGCGAAGGCCAGGAAGGCAAGUUCAGAAAGUCGAUCCAGCAGCAUCCCCAAGGGGAAGGGCUCUACAGCUGGGUUGGGUACAGCAUUGAAGACAUCGGCCAUACCCCCCUCCCCUCAGGACAUAGGCAGUUCUGGCCCACGAGCACCCUUGGAGGCGAGCGCCGCUGUCACCAUCAAAGCCAGCUUAAGCAAGCCGCCCCGCCCGGUUGCCGCGACGACCGCCUCCCAGAGUACGCAGCAGAAGAAGACGGUGAAGCGCCGCCAUCGACGCAAGAAGGAGGUCAGCGACCCCGUCGGUGGCCCCGUGGACGCCCCGGCCGAGGGGCAGGGGGCCCCGGCCCGGGAGGGCAGCCCGAGCCCGGACCCCCGCGAGAGGAAGAAGGAGAGGGGGGAGGAGCCAGCGGGGACCAGGGUCCGCAAGGAGCUCCCGGCUCCCAGGCCGAAGGGCCCGCCGUCAGACACCACCUCGGAGGACGAGGCCGGGGGCCGCGAAGACCGCAGCUGGAGCAAGGAGAGGGCCCGCAGGGGCCGGCGGCGCAGCGGGGGCGGCAGGGACAGGCCGCCCGGGCCUCGGGUGAGGCCAGGGGGGGAGCCGGGGGCAGACAAAGAGGCCCCCAUGGAGCUCCAGACCAUGGGUUCCCAUGAGGGCGGGGGCGGUGGGGAGGAGACCGGGAAGCCGCCGGAGUGCGAGGCGGGCCCGGAGAAGCGGCGCAGCAGCGGGGGUCCUCCAGGGGCCCCCAGCCCCGGCGGCAGCUCCUCAUUGGCCGGGGAGGAGGAGCAGAUGACCUACCAAGGAACCUACCAGGAGCAGGGGGCGGGGGGCGGGGACUCGGCCGUUCCCACGGGGACCAAACACUGCGGGGCCAACGGUGACACGGGGCAAACGCUCUGCUCUGAAGACUCUGACGCGGAGGUUUGCAGAAUCUGCCACUGCGAGGGUGAGGAGGAGUACCCGCUGAUCACGCCGUGCUGGUGCACGGGAAGCCUGCGGUUCGUCCACCGGGCGUGUCUCAACCAGUGGAUCAAGUCCUCAGACACGCGCUGCUGUGAACUCUGCAAGUAUGACUUCAUCAUGGAGACGGAGCUCAAACCCCUGUUCAAGUGGGAGAGGCUCCACAUGACCAAGGGGGAGUGGAGGAAGAUCCUGUGUUCGGUGGUCUUUCACCUCCUGUCCCUAUCGUGUGUGACCUGGUCCGCAUACGUUCUGUGUAAGAGGACCGCUGAGGACUUCCGCCUGGGCAAGGAGGACCAAUUGUGGAGAUUGGCUCUCUUGAAGUACUACUCAGCAGAGGGUGUGAUGGAGUGGCCUUUCUGGACCAAGGUGACAGUGGUGGGGAUGGGCAUAAUAAGUGGCCUAUUCUUCAUGCACAUCCAGGGUGGGGUCUACCUGCAGCUCUGGCGCCGCCUAAAGGCCUUCAACCGCAUCAUCACGGUGCAAAAUUGCCCCGAGAAGGGCCUGCAUCCCCCUCGGGACCCUAAGCCCCGGGUCAAGCCGACGGGGGACACUGUGGUGGUCCCAGUCGGACCCUCCCCUGCGCAAGUCCCGGAGGAGCAGAUGGACUCUGACCAAUCGGUAGAGGCCGCAGUUGCGCCUGUCUGAGGCUCCUCCCCGUUCCAAACCCUGUAGUCCAAGGAAUGACUGAAAUAGCCCUGCCCUCCGUAGGGUGGUUGAUUUAAAAAGAAAAGGCGUGGUUUGGGUCUAAUUGGGUGUGGUGGACAUGUUCCUUCAUGCUAAUCCUGACCUUCUGACUGAGUCACCAACAAGAGGAAGAGUACAGCAGAAGGAAGCACAGGAAUGGAGGUACAGGCAGAGACAAUUUAGGAAAUGGGGAGUCGUUGGUUUAUCACUACUGCAGUGCAAGUAUAGAAGUACUGAUGUUAAACUGGAGAUCCCCAGUUGUAACUCAACUAUUUUAUAUAGAUGUAACGAUGAAAUGUAGCCAGUCAGUGACAUUCAGUUUCAGUAUUCCAGGUCAAAUAUUUACUGUUGCCAAUUGUACGUUUCCAGUUCUUAUCCCCGGUGUUUCCUAUCUGAAGAAUAACAGCCUCUGUUGUAAUUGAUGCAACUUAUUUAGGCAACUUAUGUAUUGCGUUCAUUGUGAAAAAAAUGGAACUCGAUCAUUAAUAAUGACAGAUCCACUUUCUGUGUCAACAAAAUGUAUUUUCUAUUUCUAAUUGGGUAUGAAAAUAUUAUUUAUGCAAACAUCUGCAAUAAACAAUAAUAGAUUCUG